AGGCGCAUGUAAAAUGUCACGUGACUAUCCAACCCAGUUCAUAUUUGUGUAUGGUGACAUCCAACACCAGUAGGUGCUUUGCUAUUUAGACAGGAGUGAACGAGAUAAGACGCUACAACAUUGAAGACUAACAGGUGAACCAUCUAUUCGGUGGAUAUGUAGACAGGUCUGCGUGUAUUCUGCACGUUUCAUCCGUUCUUCACGUCGCUUUGGAUUUGCUCACACACAGUUUUACCCACCCACUUACAGAGACUCCUCAGCUACUGUGACAACUCUGAUUCCCCGUGAUAUCAGCCAGUAACAUGUCCAUGUUCAGCACGGGCAUCCUUGUGCUGACAUCUCCUCUCCACGUCCUUCCCUUGCGCAUCGCUCCGGUCCUCAGCUCGGCUGCAGAGCGUGUUGAGCGCACGCUCUACGUCCACCUCCACCCUGGGUUGAACCUAAGUAGUGGGACUCAGCCUCGUCCAGUUUUCAUUCCCCCUGUAGUGGACUUGUCUACGCUUAUUUCCCGCCUUUACAGCAAUGCAGCGGAUGUCUGUGGCCACCUGGAUGUUCGAGUUUUGCUGACAAAUGUCCGCAAUCAAUCAGCUUCCUGCAGUGGGACUGCAGGGCCAAACUGUCCUUUCCCCACGCCGCAGUCUCUCUCACACUCGCCGGAGGUGGUGCUAACAGACUUUCCCCUGCAGGACCCGGGUCAGUCCCAUCAGGUGACGCAGUGUUUGCAGAAGUACACAGGCCACUGUUACGUCUGCAGCCCUAGUCUGCGCUCGGUGCUGCUUUACCCACAGCCAAUGAGGCUGCAGGAGGAAGAGGAAGGGGGGAAGGAGCCUGAAGAGAAAGCAGAACCCAUGGAGACUUACAGUGAUGUGGUGGUAGGGGGGACGUUCGACCGCCUCCAUGGGGCCCAUAAGACGCUACUGAACAUCUCAUGCCUGCUCGCUAACAGACGGUUCCUUAUUGGGGUGUGUGACCAAGCAAUGCUGAAAAGGAAAGUGCUAAAAGAGCUGGUCCAGCCCUACACCCAGCGGGUAGAGAGACUAAAUGAGUUCCUCCAGGAUAUCAGACCCUCCCUGCAGGUGGAGAUUGUACCCCUUGAUGACCCCUAUGGAGUGUCCGUUGUUGACCCCUUGCUGCAAUGCAUUGUGGUCAGCGAGGAGACCAGGAAGGGAGGGGAGGCUGUGAACAAGAAACGCAUUGAGAAUGGCCUUCCUGCUCUCGUCCUCCAUGAGAUCCAGCUGCUUAAAGACGCCCACCACACAGACAUGGAAGAGGAGAAGAUCAGCUCCUCCAGUCUACGCUCUCGCCUUCUUGGCACCCUCCUUACCCCGCCUAAAGACACAUCGCAUCUUCCUCCCCUUCCAUAUGUGAUUGGCCUGACGGGCGGCAGCGGCAGUGGGAAGAGCUCAAUCGCCAAGCGGCUGGAGGCGCUGGGUGCUGUCCAGAUAGACUGCGACAAGCUAGGUCAUGAGGUGUACCAGCCUGGGACCGCAGCUUAUCACAGAGUGCUGGAAGAAUUUGGGUCAGAUCUUCUGAAUGAUGAUAAAACCAUCAACAGACGUGCUUUAGGAAGGAAAGUUUUUGGAAACCAGGAGCGUUUAAAAGCCCUCACAAACAUCGUGUGGCCCGAGAUUGCACUUCUGGUGAAAGAGGGAAUCAACCAAGCAAGACAGGAAGGUAAACAGGUUUGUGUGGUGGAUGCAGCAGUUCUACUGGAGGCCGGGUGGACAGACAUGGUCCACGAGAUCUGGGUCACAGUCAUCCCCGAGGAGGAGGCAGUCUUGAGGAUUACAGAGCGUGACGGCGUUAACACAGAAGACGCCCAGCGCAGGCUUCAGAGCCAGUGGCCCAACGCCAAACAAUUAGAGCACGCCAACGUAGUGCUCAGCACACUGUGGGAGCCAGAGGUCACUCAGAAACAGGUACUAAAAGCUUGGAAUCUUCUUCAGAAGAGAAUCCAGCAGAGGAAGUAGGAACAUGUCUGUGUCAACACAUCAUGUCAGCUGUGACUGACGCAUGCAGAGCAAACGUGUGUCAGGUCCAGGGACACACAUGACACUGAUCCAACAUGAGCAAAACGCUGCCUUAGAAAGAAGUGGGUGGUUUCUGCGCCAUGGCGGCACAACCAACAAGCUCUCUCACUUCUUCCCCUGAGAUUCAGUGCCUGAUUGACUUUUAACAUGUUUUUAAACUCUAGUUUAUUUUAAGAUGCUAAACUUAAGGAUGGGAGAAUGACAGAAGAGAAUUUCAUGAAUUAUCCCUAUGACAAAUUGGAAGCUGAAAUUCAUACUCUGAAUUUAUACGGUGUAGUGUUAUCCCAAGAAAUAUGUUUGUCAUCCAAAGAUACUUUUUAUGAAUAGCACGCCUUCCAAUUGAUACUGUUGUUGAUAUGACUGUGAUGAGACUUUAUGACAAUGAUAUUGGGUCAUUUGUUAGUGGACGCCAUUUCCAUGUCUUCUAAGAAUAAUGAAAAUGAAUGUAGCUUACAAAAGCAACUAAUAUUAAGGGAAAGAGGAAAUGCCAUACUGAAAGUGUAUGAUUGCCACUGUUAAGUCAAAGAAUGGUAUGUUGUGUAUAUCUAUGUGUAGUUGAAGGGUAGGGAGAGCAUAUACAAUUUAUAUAUCUAAUGAUUUAAAAUGUACUAAACAAGGUUUGGUAAAAGUAUGUACCAUAGAUUAGGUUAUUUUGUUAUAUCACAAAGAGAUUGACAGAACACUGACUAAUAAAGAAAAAACAAUGAAUUGAUAUGUUUUUAUAUCUUUGAAUGGAUUAUCAAUGGAGAAAUGUUGGAAUUUCUUGAAUUGAAAUUUGACAAAGUUCUUUGUAUUUCAUAGGUUCUUCAAUCAGUAGUCACAUGCUCCAGAUUUCUAAAUUGACACAAGAUAACACAAGUAGGUGAUAAAGUUAAACUUCGGUCGUGAUUAUGUAACUGGCUUGCAAAUUUGAUGUCUGAUCCCACCAUAAAACCAAUAACCAUUUACACAUGGUUGAAACUGAUUCACUGCUUUAGCAAUACCUUUACUAUUAAAGGACUGUCCAGUUAAGUCGCUUAAGUGCAACGUGGUCUUAUUAUCAAUGAUAAAUUGUACCUGUUUUUGCUUCAUCAUCGCCCAUGUCAUCCGAAAACCACAGCAAAUAUGAAUACAUUGGCAUCACGUCAAAUAAAACCUUUAUAAACCA